AUGUUGGCGGGAACUGGAACACGCCGAUCCAACAGAGGAGGACCCUCAGAGGAGGACCCUCAGAGGAGGACCAUCAGAGGAGGCCCCUCAGAGGAGGACCAUCAGAGGAGGACCAUCAGAGGAGGACCAUCAGAGGAGGACCAUCAGAGGAGGACCAUCAGAGGAGGCCCAUCAGAGGAGGACCAUCAGAGGAGGACCCUCAGAGGAGGACCAUCAGAGGAGGACCCUCAGAGGAGGCCCAUCAGAGGAGGCCCAUCAGAGGAGGACCAUCAGAGGAGGACCCUCAGAGGAGGACCCUCAGAGGAGGACCAUCAGAGGAGGACCCUCAGAGGAGGCCCCUCAGAGGAGGACCAUCAGAGGAGGACCCUCAGAGGAGGCCCAUCAGAGGAGGCCCAUCAGAGGAGGCCCAUCAGAGGAGGACCAUCAGAGGCGGCCCCUCAGAGGAGGACCCUCAGAGGAGGACCCUCAGAGGAGGACCCUCAGAGGAGGACCAUCAGAGGAGGACCAUCAGAGGAGGACCAUCAGAGGAGGACCCUCAGAGGAGUACCCUCAGAGGAGGACCAUCAGAGGAGGCCCAUCAGAGGAGGCCCAUCAGAGGAGGACCCUCAGAGGAGGACCAUCAGAGGAGGACCCUCAGAGGAGGACCCUCAGAGGAGGACCAUCAGAGGAGGACCCUCAGAGGAGGCCCAUCAGAGGAGGACCAUCAGAGGAGGACCCUCAGAGGAGGCCCCUCAGAGGAGGACCAUCAGAGGAGGACCAUCAGAGGAGGACCAUCAGAGGAGGACCCUCAGAGGAGGACCCUCCUUCUCAGACAGAUUGAGGAUGCAUCCCAACAGGCCCCUGACCUCUGAGGAGCAGGACAGAUUGAGGAUGCAUCCCAACAGGCCCCUGACCUCUGACCUCUGUGGAGCAGGACAGAUUGAGGAUGCAUCCCAACAGGCCCCUGACCUCUGA